AUGUACCAAAUGAAGACAAUGAAUAUGGCAUCAAAUCCAAUGGCAAAGCCUCCAACGGGAAAAUGUUGUUAUGCGGUGUACACCUCAUUGGCUGCUGGUCAGGCACAACAACAAUAUCAACAACCUCAACCCCAAUAUACCAGUGCUGCUUAUGCUCAACAAUUGGCCCAACAACAACAACAAGCUACUCAAUAUGCCAACUAUGCUGGUGCUGGCGUUCCUGCUCAAGCUGCUGCCUAUCAACCUACCCAGUACGCUCAAACCCUCCAACAAUUGCAACAACGUCAACAAUUAGCUGCUGCCGCUCAACAACCCCAAUAUCAACAAGCCGCUGCUGCCCAACAACCCGCCCAAACUCAAUAUUCUGCUGAUCAAUACAACGCUGCCUACUAUGCCUAUCAGCAACAACAACAAGCUUUGGCGCAACAGCAAUUGGCUCAACAACAACAACAGCAACAACAACAACAAUUGUACUAUGCCAACCAACAACGUGAGUUGUUGAAACAAUUGUACAGCAAUCAACCAGCUGCCGCUCAACAACAAGCCACCGUUGCUGCUGCCACCCAACAACCCCAGGCCAAUCAAUACUACACCGCUGAACAAUAUGCCGAAUACUUGAAGCAACAAGCUGCCCAACAACAACAAUUGCAACAGCAACAACAACAAUACCAACCCGCCAGCUAUGCCACCACUGCCACUGUUGCCACCCCCACCACUCCUGCUACCCACACCCAAGCCUACACCACUGCUGCUGCUCCCGCUGAAGCUUCUCCAAUUCCACCACGUAAUGGUUUGGAAAGUGGCCAAUACUCACCCUCCGAUAAGGUGUCUUCCGUCAAAUUCCAAAGUGGCAAUUUGGCCUACAAUUUCUAAGCGACAACAGCAAAA